GCAGCGAUGGCGGCGGAGGGGCCGGCGGCCGCGGAGCUGCAGCCGGAGGGGGAGGGCGGCGGGCAGCCGGAGGCGGCUUUCGGGCAGCUGCUGGAGGAGGAGGAGGAGGGAGAGGACGCCGGCUACGUGCUGUACAGGGACAGAAAGGAAUGGGCGGAUAUUGAACCUGUCCCUCAGAAUGAUGGACCGAAUCCUGUGGUUCAGAUCAUCUACAGCGAAAAGUUUCGAGAUGUCUACGAUUACUUUCGGGCUGUUCUGCAGCGGGAUGAGAGAAGUGAAAGAGCCUUCAAGCUAACAGCAGAUGCCAUUGAGUUAAAUGCUGCAAACUACACAGUCUGGUAUUUCCGGAGAGUCCUCCUGCAGUCUUUGGGAAAGGAUCUAUAUGAGGAACUUAAGUAUAUUACAGCUAUCAUUGAAGAUCAGCCAAAGAACUACCAAGUCUGGCAUCACAGACGGGUGUUGGUAGAGUGGCUGCAGGAUCCAUCCCAAGAGCUUGAGUUCAUAGCUGACAUUCUUAAGCAAGAUGCCAAAAAUUACCAUGCGUGGCAACACAGACAGUGGGUUAUUCAGGAGUUCAAACUAUGGGACAAUGAACUGGAUUAUGUAGACCAGCUUCUGAGGGAAGAUGUGAGAAACAACUCUGUGUGGAACCAAAGACACUUUGUAAUUUUCAGCACCACUGGCUAUGAUGAUCCAGCAGUCCUAGACAGAGAAGUCCAAUACACUCUAGAGAUGAUCACAGCAGUGCCACAUAAUGAAAGUGCUUGGAACUAUUUAAAAGGGAUUCUACAGGAUCGUGGUCUUUCUAAGUAUCCAAACCUGUUAGAGCAGCUGUUGAAUUUGCAGCUCAGCCACAGUUCACCAUAUCUGAUUGCCUUUCUUGUGGACAUAUAUGAAGAUAUGCUUGAAAACCAAUGUGAUAACAAGGAAGAAACGCUAAACAAGGCAUUGGAGUUGUGUGAAAUUCUGGCUAAAGAAAAAGACACCAUCCGAAAGGAAUAUUGGAGAUACAUCGGAAGGUCCCUUAAGAACAAGCACAGCUCAGGCACUGAGCAGAGCACACCGACAGACAAGCAGCAGUAACUGAACAUGAGAGAAAACAGUGUUAAGCUAACAUGCUGUUCUGAAGCAGUACUAAGUAAGGUCAUCAACUAGUUCAAAAUCCAGUGUAGUACUCCCCUGGUGAAGAAGUAUGGCAAUGAAAGAGGAGUGCAGCGUGCUAUGCAGUCUUGAGUAACUGCUGCUACUAAUGAUAGCUCUAGGUGAAGAAAUGUAUUUAGGUUUAAUUACUGAAAUGAACCAAAUAAUGGAUUCAUUUCCUAACAGUAACCACAUUAAAGCUAUACCUACUAUUUAUAAGGCACUAAAUCAAUUUCUUGCGCUGUCUCAUCCACUAGUGGUUCCUAACACAGUCACAUCAGAUGCUACAGUAAUGACUGCAGGUAACUCAGCUGCAGUGGAUACAAAUAGGGGCUGCAGUUGUUGCCUGAUGUGUGAGCAGCUAUGCAACACAGACAGCACCUGGAAAUAACAUGAAGUGUCAUUUUGUAAUAAAAAUGGGUAACUGACAGCAUUUUGACCAGAUGAUCUUUGAGGUCCCUUUCAACCUAGUAUUCUGUUAUUUGGAUGAAAUUUUUUUAAUGUGUUUCUUUUGGUCUUUGUGUCUGAGAACAGACUAUGCACAUCUAGAGAUAAAAAUGAAUUAUCUUCUAGGGAUAUUGAACUCCAUUGCAUUGAAGUGUCUUUUGCACUGGAGUAUUGUCGUCCCACAAAUUUUAAAUACACUUGAUGUAUUCAGUGGAGCCUUGAAUUCUUACCUGCACAUUCAGAAAAAAGGCUUUGAUGACCCUAGACGAUCUUCCUACUUUUUUUAUUGCCAUUCUGUUCAGUCAGCUGAAAAACUGAUUUAUUUUCUUCACUCUGUAAGCAGACCAAACUGAAGUCUUAGGUCAGAAGAGAUUAUAACUGGUUAUAUUGCAUAUCUUCACUGAACUGGAAGAGUAGGAAUGGUUCUCUAGAGGAAUUAUUCAUAUGUGUCUUAAUCUUGUUGCUCCUAUAGGUUUUUAAUCUUUUCCAUGCAUAUAUUCAACCAAGAAGUGUUUUUCCUCCCAUUUGUGAAUGAUAGAAAGCACCUGCAGUACAGAACUACAAAGGAUACAUACACCUAUACAGGAAAAGUGCUGUAUCUGCCCUGUUUUCAGUACAUGGCUGUUGUUAAACUGUGUUCUUAGCAUAGAGUGCUUGUUUGAUGCUUAAUAUUUUCUUGCAGAUGAUCACAAAAGGAAAUACUAGUAUUUAUUCCAUAAUACAAACUUUCUGAUACCAAACAUAAAAAGCUGCUGCUAUAACUAAACCAGAGGGGAUAAUAUUUUAAGUUUUUAAAAUAUGUUAACUUGAUGCAUUCUUUAAAACAACUCACAGAAAGUGGAAUUAGUAUCAUAGAACAGUUUGGGUUGGAAGGGACUUUAAAUAAAUUACCUAUUUCAAAUGCCCCUGGCCAUGGGCAGGGACACCUUCCAUGUACUUGAAGGCUGCUCUAAAGGUCUCCCUGGAACUUUCUCUUCUCCAGGCUGAACAACCCCAACUCUCUCAGCCUCUCACAGGAGAGGUGCUCCAGCCCUCUGAUCCUCUUCAUGGCCUCCUCUGGGCUUGCUCCAACAGCUCUGUGUCCUUCUUGUGCUGGGGCCUCCAAAAGUGGACACAGCAGAAGGGGAGAAUCACCUCUCUUGCCCUGAUGGCCAUGCUUCUUUUGAUGCAUAAUCAACUUUAUAGCCUCUCAAUGUAUCUUGGGAUGUGACAUCUUAGUCACUUGUGGUCUGAGGAAAGACAUGUUGGAAACGAGUCCAGUUGCAAUAACAGCAGAAAUGGACCAUUUUUUCUUUCAAGUGUUUAUGUUGACUGUCACUCAGAUUGCAAGGAAACUCUAAAAUUCUUUUCAGAAGGCCUCUCAGUUCUCUGGUACUCAGCCAUACUUAGAAUACUGAGCUGUGAGAGCUGGGAAAGUGACAGCCUGCCCAGCCAGGUUGCAACUGCAGCUACAAAACGUUUAAUUAUAAAAAAUCUGUCUGAGACAGAAUCUUUUUCAUGUAAGUGGCAGCCUGACAAAAUGUAUAGGGUAUAGAGAGAGGGAUCUUAGAGUAGAAAGUUUUAGAUAACUUUGGUUGCAUUGGUACUGACUACCUAUGAUCAGGGGAAACACCAAACAAACUGUUCAGUUUUGGGUCCCUCACUACAAGAAGGACAUUGGGGUGCUGGAGUGUGUCCAAAGCAGGGCAGCAAAGCUCCUGAAGGGUCUAAAGCACAAUUCUUAUAAGGAGCAUCUGAAGAAACUGAUGGUGUUUAGUCUGAAGAGGAGGAUGCUGAUGGGAGACCUUACUGCUCUCUGCAACUAAGGUUGUAGUGGGGGGAGGUUGGUCUCCUCCCAAACAACAAAUGAUAGGGCAAGCAGUGGUGCAAGAGGAUAUGGCCUCAAGUUGCACCAGGUAAAGUUUAGAUUGGAUGUUAGGAAAAAAUGUAUUUGCCAAAAGGGCUAUCAAGCACUGGAAGAGGCUGCCCAGGGAACUGGUUGAGUUACCAUCCCUGGAGGCAUUUAGAAGACAUGUAGAUGUGGUGCUUAAGGAUAUUGUUUAAUGAUGGACUUGGUAGCAUUCUAGGUGAACGUUUGGAUGUGAUGGUCUUAAAGGACUUUUGCAAAACAAUUCUGUGAUUCUAUGAUUUGUCCUAAGGGUUCAUCUGUACAAGAAAAUGUAAGGUUGUUACUGAUUGCGUGUAGUGAUGUGAUUCCUGUGUACAACUUUAGUAAAGAGCUGUGUCUAAAUAGAAAACUGUAUUUGUACAACUGUCCCUUGUAAAUCAGUGUAACUGGAACAUUAAAUGGAGUACAGAGCAUUAUUAAAGCAUGUGAAAUAA